CGGCCAGGUACGGAAGCCUGGAGGCCCCGCCCGCUCCGAGGGCCCCGCCCCCGCCUCCCGGAGACCCGCAGAUUGCCCACCCCGCGGCAGCGCCGGGCAGCUCCUCCUCGUCUCCGCCCCGCGGUCCGCGGGCGCGGGGCACGUCAGCGCUGCCAGCGUGGAAAUCGCGGCGGGGCGCGGGAGGCGGAAGUAGCGCCCGGGGCCGCUGGACCUCCGUCGGGCUCCGCCGGCCGCCUCAGCCAUGGACGCGUCCCUGGAGAAGAUAGCAGACCCUACGUUAGCUGAAAUGGGAAAGAACUUGAAGGAGGCCAUGAAGAUGCUAGAGGACAGUCAGAGAAGAACAGAGGAGGAAAAUGGAAAGAAGCUCAUCUCAGGGGAUAUUCCAGGGCCACUCCAAGGCAGUGGGCAAGAUAUGGUGAGCAUCCUCCAGUUAGUUCAGAAUCUGAUGCAUGGAGAUGAAGAUGAGGAGCCCCAGAGUGCCCGAAUCCAGAAUAUUGGAGAACAAGGUCAUAUAGCUUUGUUGGGGCAUAGUCUGGGAGCUUAUAUUUCAACUCUGGACAAAGAGAGGCUGAGAAAACUUACAACUCGGAUACUUUCAGACACUACCUUAUGGCUAUGCAGAAUUUUCAGGUAUGAAAAUGGCUGUGCUUAUUUCCACGAAGAAGAAAGAGAAGGACUUGCAAAGAUCUGUAGGCUUGCCAUUCAUUCUCGCUAUGAAGACUUCGUAGUGGAUGGGUUCAAUGUGUUAUAUAACAAGAAACCUGUUAUAUAUCUUAGUGCUGCUGCUAUGCCUGGCCUGGGCCAGUACCUUUGUAAUCAGCUCGGCUUGCCCUUCCCCUGCUUGUGUCGUGUGCCCUGUAACACUAUGUUUGGAUCCCAGCAUCAGAUGGAUGUUGCCUUCCUGGAGAAACUGAUUAAAGAAGAUAUAGAACAAGGAAAACUGCCCCUUUUGCUUGUUGCAAAUGCUGGAACUGCAGCAGUGGGGCACACGGAUAAGAUUGGGCGUUUGAAGGAGCUCUGUGAGCAGUAUGAGAUAUGGCUUCACGUGGAGGGUGUGAAUCUGGCAACAUUGGCUCUAGGUUAUGUCUCCUCAUCAGUGCUGGCUGCGACCAAGUGUGAUAGCAUGACGUUGACUCCGGGCCCGUGGCUGGGUCUGCCGGCUGUUCCUGCAGUGACCCUUUAUAAACACGACGAUCCUGCCUUGACUUUAGUUGCCGGACUUACAUCAAAUAAGCCAGCAGACAAACUCCGUGCCCUGCCACUGUGGUUGUCUUUACAAUACUUGGGACUCGACGGGAUUGUGGAGAGGAUUAAGCAUGCCUGUCAACUGAGUCAGCGGUUGCAAGAAAGUUUGAAGAAAGUGAACCACAUCAAAAUCUUGGUGGAAGAUGAGCUCAGUUCUCCAGUAGUGGUGUUCAGAUUCUUCCAGGAAUUACCAGGCUCAGAUCCAGUGCUUAAUGCUGUCCCAGUGCCCAACAUGGCACCUUCAGCAGUCGGCUGGGAGAGACACUCCUGCGAUGCACUGAAUCGCUGGCUGGGAGAACAGCUGAAAGAGCUGGUGCCCACGAGUGGCCUCACCGUCAUGGAUCUGGAGGUGGAGGGCACGUGUGUGCGGUUCAGCCCUUUGAUGACAGCAGCAGUUUUAGGCACUCGGGGAGAGGAUGUGGAUCAGCUCGUAGCCUGCAUACAGAGCAAGCUGCCGGUCCUGACCUGCACACUGCAGCUGCGGGAGGAGUUCAAGCAGGAAGUGACAGGAACCACAGGGCUCCUAUACGUGGAUGACCCUAACUGGCCUGGAAUAGGGGUUGUCAGGUAUGAACAUGCAAAUGAUGAUAAGAGCAGUUUGAAAUUAGAUCCAGAAGGGGAAAAAAUCCAUGCUGGACUCCUGAAAAAGUUAAAUGAACUGGAAUCUGACCUUACAUUUAAAAUGGGCCCUGAGUAUAAAAGUAUGAAGAGCUGUAUUUAUAUCGGCAUGGCGAGUGACGACAUAGAUGUUUCUGAACUAGUGGAGACCAUUGCAGUCACAGCCCGAGAAAUUGAGGAAAACUCAAGGCUUCUGGAAAACAUGACAGAAGUGGUUCGGAAAGGAAUUCAGGAAGCUCAGGUUCAACUGCAGAAGGCAAAUGAGGAGCGACUUCUGGAAGAGGGGGUGUUACGGCAGAUCCCUGUAGUAGGAUCCGUGCUGAAUUGGUUUUCUCCAGUCCAAGCUUCACAAAAGGGAAGAAGUUUUAACUUAACAGCAGGCUCUCUGGAAUCCACAGAACACACAUAUGUCUACAAAGUACAAGGCACAGGAGUAACACCACCUCAGACCCCCUCAGGCACUCGCACUAAACAGAGACUUCCAGGACAGAAGCCUUUUAAAAGGUCCCUAAGAGGUUCAGAUGCCCAGAGUGAGACAAGCUCAGUCAGUCACAUUGAAGACUUAGAAAAGAUGGAGCACCUGUCUGGUGGGCCGGAGCAAGAUGCCCUGGAGGCUAACAGUCCUGAGCAACACCCAGGGACUCCCACCCCUCAGGAAGGCGAGCAGACUGGGGCCCUCCAGAACAGGGCCCAGCGCCCAGAAGAUGACCACCCACAGGUAGAAGAACCGGAGAGCUUAAGAUAAAAUUCAGUGUUUGCUUUGAGACUGUUCUGAAUAGUUUCAGGGAAGAUGAAAUUAUACUGAAAAUGUGAACUGUGCCAUAUGCUAAUACAAGAGAAAUUACUGUUA